AUGAAUACAAGAUAAAAGUUACUAUAAAAUAUUAGUUAUAUAGCAGGAGAUGCAAGAAUCAAAUAAUAGAAUCAGAGCAAUUUGAGAAUAAGGUCACAAAAGUCGAGAAAGGAGAAUGCUAGUUUCAUAGUCACAAAACAAACACAAUAACCAAAAGCGAACAUCAAUCUCUAUUAGACACAAAUUCACUCGCCAAUAAAAAAUAGAAGCAUGAAUUAGAAUAAGGAGAACAAUAUAAAUUAUGCAUACGUGCCAUUAAAGAAUUCGGAUGAACUCAUCAUUAAUAGUGCAGAAUCACAUUCGCUUAAUUUGUCAUAUUCGCCUUCUUCUAAGAAGAAGCCUUAGCCCUCGUGUUUCGUGUUGCCUUCGAGAAGCAUCAAACCGAAAAUGAGAUUGACAAAGAAAGCACUGGAAAUCAGAAGCAUAUAUUUGGAUAAGCCAAAACCAAAACAGAAUAAUUUUAUUAACAUAAAGGGUACACAGAAAGUAAUCAGGUGA